AGUCACUCUGUUCUCCUGAUUCCCAGACGCUCCAGUUAAACACACCUCACACACUGUUCAGCCGCUGCUCCACAAUCCAGUCAGGUACAACUACAACGCUGAGACGCUCUGCUCUGAGAACUGAAGGACAGACACUGCACUGAAGAGCAGGAUGCAGCGAAUCAGGGAAGGCAUCCACAUACGUACGAUGAAGGCAAAGAGGAAAGUGGAGGAGAUCUCCAAAGAGGACAUCCAGGCUUUCUUCAAGAAGAAUGCUUUUGUGCUCUUUACCGUGGGGUCAGUUAUUGUAGGUAUUGUUCUGGGCUUCGCGCUCCGCCCAUAUAAGAUGACCUAUCGAGAAGUGAAGUACUUCUCUUUCCCCGGAGAGCUGUUAAUGAGAAUGCUUCAGAUGCUUGUUCUCCCUUUACUGAUCUCCAGUCUAAUAACAGGAAUGGCAGCUUUGGACAGCAAAGCCUCAGGAAAGAUGGGCAUGAGAGCUGUGAUCUAUUACAUGACCACGACCUUCAUCGCAGUCUUCAUCGGGAUCAUAAUCGUCCUCAUCAUCCACCCAGGGAAAGGAUCCAAAGAUGAGUUUGGAAAGCAGCAGAAGAUAGAGCAAGUCAGUCCUGCUGAUGCCUUCUUAGAUCUGAUCAGAAACAUGUUUCCACCAAACUUGGUCCAAGCCUGCACACAGCAGUUCAAAACCAAAUAUGGAAAGCGAGCAGUCCAUGUGACCGUGACAGUGAAUGACACCCUCUUCAACUCAACCAACGGCACCCAGGAGGUCAUGGAGAUCACCCGGGAGGAAGUGGUCCCUGUGCCGGGUCAGGUGAACGGGGUCAACGCCCUCGGGCUGGUGGUCUUCUCCAUGUGCUUCGGUCUGAUAAUUGGCAACAUGAAGGAGCAGGGCCAGCUCCUCAGGGAUUUCUUCGACAGCCUCAAUGAAGCCAUCAUGCGCCUGGUCGCCAUCAUCAUGUGGUACGCUCCUGUUGGGAUCCUGUUCCUGAUUGCGGGGAAGAUUGUGGAGAUGGAUGAUCUGACGCAGAUGGGCGGUCAGCUGGGAAUGUACACCAUCACAGUGAUCAUUGGCUUACUGAUUCACGGAGUUCUCAUUCUUCCAACUCUUUAUUUUGUCAUCACUCGGCAAAACCCCUUUAUCUUCAUUGCUGGGCUCCUGCAGGCUCUGGUUACAGCUCUGGGGACCUCCUCCAGCUCAGCCACCCUCCCCGUCACCUUUAAAUGUUUGGAGCAGAACAACAAAAUAGACAAGCGAAUCACGCGCUUCGUGCUGCCUGUGGGGGCUACCAUCAACAUGGACGGAACAGCUCUGUAUGAGGCACUGGCAGCCAUCUUUAUUGCACAGGUCAACAAUAUGGAGAUGAACUUUGGUCAGAUCAUCACCAUCAGUAUCACAGCCACUGCAGCCAGUAUUGGAGCUGCUGGCAUCCCUCAGGCAGGCCUGGUCACCAUGGUGAUUGUACUGACCUCUGUCGGACUUCCGACUGAUGACAUCACUCUAAUCAUUGCAGUUGAUUGGUUCCUGGACCGUCUGCGUACCACCACCAAUGUUCUGGGGGAUUCGAUUGGGGCCGGCAUCGUGGAGUUCCUGUCUCGACACGAGCUCCGCAGCAAAGACGUGGAGAUGGGAAACUCGGUGCUGGAAGAGAGGGAGAGGAAGAAACCCUACAAGCUCAUCUCCCAGGAUAGCGAUUUUGAAAAUGACAAACGAGCUCACAGCGAAUCCAACAUGUAGUUCAACCCAUCAACAUCUCCCUCAUCUGUACAAACACUUGCAGCUGGCUCUGUUUGGAGGAGUAGGGACCUAAUUAUGAGAUGCAGUUUCACUGUCAUUAUUUCACACGUUUUGAUUUAUUAACAUUCCCUUAUCAUCAUGUGCAAGAAGUGAAUUUCUCAUAUUCCCCUUUCAUCCAAAAUCACCAUGAUGGCAUCCUUUGUAAAUGCGUCUUUCAUUUGUUUCAAAUAGGAUUGAUAGUUUUUGUUUUGUUUACUAUACUUAACUAAAUAUUUGAAUAAAUCACCCUCAUGUAGCCAAGAGGUUAAUGCUGGAUAAAGGAUUCAUACUCUGCAUUAAAAGCUGUGUUUUGAAAUAUGCACAGAACAAAAAUAUUAUAUGAAGAAAUUUAAGAUUCAGACUUUUAUGACUUAGACUUUUUGCCCACAGACUGAAAAUAAAAUUAAAAUGUAUAUAAUCUAUGUAGUCCCAACCAUUAGCUGGUUAAUAUUGUGGUUAUUACAGGUUAUUACAAGCAUUUUGUGAUUUUUAUGUUUCAUUUGUACACACUCAAAGAUUCUAUCCAACACCUAGAACUGGACAUGCAUGUAUGUGUGUGCACAUUCUGACUCUGUCUGACUUGCU